CCAGUUGCUCAGGCUUCUCAACCUUAGCUAGCUCGAUCUCCCUAUAAAUACUCCUGCUCAUUACCACAACGAGCAAGCGAUCGACGGAGCGAGCGAGCUAGCCAGCCAGUGUUAGAGCUUGAGCUGCUUGUUCUUCUUCUACCUCCUGCACUCGCGUGCUGCACAAGUAGCUCAGCUAGAUAGAGCGUCAGAAAUGGCCAGCAACAACUCGAGAACAAACUCCAGGGCGAACUACUCCAACGAGAUCCACGAUCUCUCCACGGUGCAGAACGGCACCAUGCCUACCAUGUACUACGGCGAGAAGGCCAUCGCCGACUUCUUCCCUCCUCACCUCCUCAAGAAGGUCGUGUCGGAGGUGGUGGCCACGUUCCUGCUGGUGUUCAUGACGUGUGGGGCGGCAGGGAUCAGCGGCAGCGACCUGUCUCGCAUAUCGCAGCUGGGACAGUCGAUCGCCGGUGGCCUCAUCGUGACGGUGAUGAUCUACGCCGUCGGCCACAUCUCCGGCGCCCACAUGAACCCCGCCGUGACGCUCGCGUUCGCCGUGUUCAGGCAUUUCCCCUGGAUUCAGGUUCCGUUCUACUGGGCGGCGCAGUUCACCGGAGCGAUAUGCGCGUCGUUCGUGCUCAAGGCGGUGAUCCACCCGGUGGAUGUGAUCGGAACCACCACGCCCGUGGGGCCGCACUGGCACUCGCUCGUCGUCGAGGUCAUCGUGACGUUCAACAUGAUGUUCGUCACGCUCGCCGUCGCCACGGACACGAGAGCGGUGGGUGAGUUGGCCGGGUUGGCGGUUGGUUCCGCGGUUUGCAUUACGUCCAUCUUCGCAGGGGCAAUUUCAGGUGGAUCGAUGAACCCGGCAAGGACGCUGGGGCCGGCGCUGGCGAGCAACAAGUUCGACGGCCUGUGGAUCUACUUCCUGGGCCCAGUCAUGGGCACGCUCUCGGGAGCAUGGACCUACACCUUCAUCCGCUUCGAGGACACCCCCAAGGAAGGCUCCUCCCAGAAGCUCUCCUCCUUCAAGCUGCGCCGCUUGCGGAGCCAGCAGUCCAUCGCCGCCGACGACGUCGACGAGAUGGAGAACAUCCAAGUGUGAUAGGACGACGAGAUGUCGUCGAUCGUGUCCUCUUACUCGGAAAAUUACCAGUCGAUCUCGGUCUCGUCAUCACUAGCUACGUCUUUGUGUGUGUUUUGUGUCGUGUCACUGCUGCUUCGUACACGCCGGAGAGAGUUACAUAAAACGCGCGCGCGUGCACGGGGGAGUGGCGCUAGCUUUGGUUGCUUGGUGGUUCGUGUGGGGUACGUAGAUUGCUCGCUCUGUUAAUUCCGGGGCUGGAGCCUGCUAAUUUUGGGCGUGUGCGUGUGCCGCUUGUGCAUCAGUCUCUGCCGUCAAAUUGUGCGUGUGUGCCAGGUGUACUAUCUCUCCAGCAGUUGCUUGUUCCACUUCAAUUCACCCCCAAAGUAAUUAAAAGGAUGUCACGUUCUCUCCCCUAUAUAAAACAUCUGCGACUUUAUAUA